AUGGUAUAUAUGGAUGGCUGCCCUGAUAAGGCUGGAGAGGUAUGUCGAGCAAUGAAGGUAGACAAGAACUCAGUACCUAAUGGAACCAAGGCCUGGAAAGGAGUAGAUGCUGGAAUAUGGACGGACCAAAGGGUAAUGUUGACUUCGACUAACCAAACUAUGAUUAGCUACCAGGUAGAGACGGAGGUUCCAAAACUUGACCAAAAUCCCCAAACGUUAAAUACCUGCUCGCAGUUUGCGCAAAUGCGGAGAAGGAACAAGAUAGAGUGGUGUAGAUACAGCCCUCCAUCAGCUGGUGUCAUGAUACACCACACCUCACCCACCACCCCUUCCAAGAUCCCGAAGAUCCCACAGCAAGAACCUCGAAUUCUCCAAUGA